AUGAAAUAUUAUUUUAAGAUAAGAAAUAUAUGGGUUGAGGAAAGGGAGGCUUUCAUCGGCGGACCUGCUCACUGGGAGAAACGCCCGCAAUCUUCCCAAAAUGCAGGCAACAUUUUUGUUCUUAGACCAGAGCACAAAGUGAAUUACUUCACCCCCGAUUUUUCGGUGUUUGAACAAAAUAAACCUAAAGACGAAGUACCAUAUUGGGUGGUCACCCUUCUAUGUGUUCAGCUGUACAAUAGAGCUGCUGCCUUAUCAGACGAGGAAUGCGCUAAUUACCACGAACUCCGGACUUCUUCCGAUUACGCGACUUUUGUCGAAGACUGCGCUGGCAAAGCAGUGCUUGGCUUCGAAAAUGGAGUGUCCAACAAAUUCUUCGCGAGCAAACUGACACAAGACGACUUCAACAGCUUAUUCGAGAACGUCGUCAAGGCUUCGUUCAAAAUCCUGAUUGAGAACACCAACUUCGAGCAGCUGAAGUUGCCGAAACUUGAGGAACUGAACGGAGGUCUCUCCAUUCGUAACAAUAAGCUGCUGAGGACGUUCCAAAUAAACAAAGCUCACAAGUUUGAUCGCACAAUCAACGGACCUACAGUUGUGACGGUUGACGGCAAUCCAGUGCUUGGUCGAGAGAGCAUGGAUAAUCUGCGACACCUUUGCGAUUACUGCGAUAUUUUCAGCUGGACGAAAUGUAGCGCAUUGGACGUAGUUAAGCCUGACUCGUACGGUGACCUUGUUAACAGAUGUGCUGGAGAGUCUAUAAUCAAGCAGAAGCCGGGUGCUCGCUUUUUCCUACGUGCCAACAAGAUGACACAGCACCAGUUCAAUUCUCUAUUUUAUAAAGCCACCCAUGUGGAAAUGUGUCUCGACUUCCAGGAUAUGCAGUGGAAAGAGAUAACCUUCCCAAACCUCGUUCGACUCAUUCCGUGUGGCUACGGAGAUCCAUCGCUAAGGAUCGUCCACAAUUACUAUUUGACUGCGAUUAAUCUGCCAGCCUAUGAUUCAGAAGGAUUUGGUCGUCUGAAUCCGUUGAACAAUGUAGAACUCAAGAACAACUUUGUUCUACCGAAUGAAGUUCUCUUAUCAUUAAAAAGUAACUGUCGUUUCUGCAAACUUGAGCAGUACAAAGAGUGUGACAACUUGUAUUCGGCAAGCACUGAAAAUGCCACUGAAUUCGUAGACAAGUGCGGAGGAAAAAGGGUAAUGACACCUAAAGAGGGUCACGUACUAAUCCUGGACAUUUCCACAUUAACUCAAGAGCUCAUUGAUGAGUUAUUCAUGGACGCCACCCACAUAAAAAUGUGUAUCAUUCUCAAAGGUUCGCAGAUCAGGAGAUUGCGAAUGCCUCGUCUCAAGAAAGCGGAGUCAUGCCUACCAGGCAGGCCGGCGUUUGAAAUCGAAGGAAACAUGUACCUGGAAGUGAUUGAGUUACCUCCUGACUUUGACUUUAACGUUUACGAUUACAUAUUCCACAUCAGCAACAACCCCAGACUGCCAAGAGAAAUCCUCGUUAUCUUCGACCGUUGCAGAGGGUGUUCGAUAGAAACAGAUACUAGAUGCUCAAUGACGAGUGGUGGAUACAAAACGGUCUACGAAUUGCUACAAUUCUGUCCUGGAAAAAGACACAUCGUAUUCCAUGAUGAGAUUAGUGUAACCGAAUAUCAACUCCAGCAGCUCUGUUCCGAAGCAAUAUUUCUACAAAUGUGCUUCAAAAUCGUCAACACCAACUACAGACAAAUCAACUGUCCAAAGUUGAUGUACAUGAAACCAUGCGUGCAAGGAAAGCAAGUGCUCACAAUUGUUGGAAACCCGCUUCUAACUGAAGUUACUAUCCCGCUCAACGUACUCUAUCCAAAAGGAGAGAAGAUCUUGAUUGUCAAAAAGAACCAGAAACUGAAGCAACCAACCAUUGAGAAAUUGAAGCAGAUCUGUCCGGUUUGUGAGAUCGAAGGUUUCUUCUCAAAAUGCAGCGGCAUGGGACCAAUCACCGAUGUUAACGCGUUCCUCAUGCAGUGCAGUGGACAACCGUUUAUCGAUGGAGCGCCUGGCGUGGUCCUAGAGGUGGACCUUUCUCACACCACCGAGGAGCAGCUAAACGGAUUAUUUGCGAAUGUCGAAGAGAUGCAGAUCUGCAUUACUAUCAAGGGCUCUAGUAUCACGAGGCUGCGCUUCCCAAAACUGAAGAGAUGGAGGUCAUGCGCACCUGGGAGAGCUGCGUUGACAUUAAUAAACAACUACUACCUGGAAUCCCUAGAAUUCCCCUCAUGCAAAGGAUGUGUUGAUAGUGCCAUCAUCCGGAACAACCCUCGUUUGCCAAGGACGGUGAUCGUAUUGAUUACCAGCUGGUGCAGUCAAUGCAUAGUAGAGGAGUAUGUUCCAUCAUGCGGCCUUGGCGUUGGAGGAUUUAGCGCAAUUGACUUUGUUAGGGCUUGUGCUGGAAGAGAUUUCAUUAAGCCCGAAGGUGGUCCUGUUUAUAUAAGGUCCAGCGAAGUGUCAGAAGCACUAUUCAACGCAUUCUGUUCCAAAGCCGUCUACAUGGAAGUGUGUAUCGAAAUAUCCGAGUCUUACUAUAGGAGCAUUCGAUGUCCGCACCUCAGAGAAGUCAGACCUUGCGAGCCAGGAAAGCAAGUUUUUACCAUCGUUGAUAAUCCACGCUUGGUUGUGGUCGACAUCCCGGCAGCUGUCCUGUAUCCUCGGAACGAAAAGAUCCUUUUUGUAAAGAAAAAUAAGGUACUACCGCAAGAAAAUAUCGAGAAGCUGAAGAGGAUUUGUCCAGCUUGUGAGAUCGAGUUCUACUUCUCAAAAUGCAGUGGGUUGGGGCCGAUCACCAAUGUCGACGCGUUCGUCCAGCGAUGCAGCGGACAACCGUUCAUCGAUGGAGCAGAAGGGGUGGUAUUAGAAGUCGAUCUUUCCCGGCAGACAGAAGGACAGAUCAACGGACUGUUUGCGAAUGUCGUCGAAAUGCAAAUCUGUGUUACGAUCAAAGGAAGCAGCAUCAGGAGGCUCGUUUUCCCAAAGCUGAAGCAAUGGAAAGCUUGUGCGCCUGGGAGAGCUGCGUUGAUAUUAAUAAACAACUACUACCUGGAAUCCCUAGAAUUCCCCUCAUGCCGAGAAAGAUGUGUUGAUAGUGGCACUAUCCGGAACAACCCUCGUUUGCCGAAGACUGUGAUCGAAUUGAUUAUCAGUUGGUGCAGUCGAUGCAUAGUAGAAGUAUAUGUUCCAUCUUGUGGCCUAGGAAUUGGAGGUUUUACCGCAACUGAUUUCGUCAGAGCUUGCGCAGGAAAACCGUACAUCAAACCCGAAGGUGUUACCAUUUGGAUAAGGUCAAAUGAAGUAUCAGAAGAAGAAUUCAACGCUUUUUGCUCAAAAGCAGUCUAUAUGGAAGUGUGCAUUGAAAUCUCCGUCUCUAACUACAGGAGCCUGCGAUGUCCCGACCUCAAAGAGGUCAAAUCUUGCCAGCCAGGGAAACCCGCGAUUACUAUCGUCGGCAAUCUGUAUUUCUCCAUCUUUGAAAUACCUCGCACCGUACGUUUCCCUGCUGGUGCGCACAUAUUUGAAAUUGCUGGAAAUCCGCGUCUUCCGACAGAUACCAUCAGAAUCCUCAAAUCAAUCUGUCCACAAUGUCGCAUCACAUAUGAUUAUGAUUGUGAUCUUGCGCGUCCAUUCACGGCAAAACAGUUUGCUGCUGCCUGCCAACAACACCAUGUAGUUCGACCUUUACCGGGCUACAUACUCGAGUUCACAUCAAACGAUCUGACCGAAAUGGAAAUGAAUGCAAUGUGUGCGGAAGCGAUUUACCUGGAAGCCUGCAUUGUCAUCUCAGCAUCCCAAUACAGCAGUUUCCGAUGUCCUAAGCUGCGAGAGUUAAGGUCAUGUCAACCAGGGCGCGCUGCCAUCACAAUUAUAAACAAUCCUCGCUUCCAAGUGCUCGAGAUUCCGCCGAGCGUUACCUUCCCCCGUGGUGCAAUUAUCUUAGAAAUUUAUGGAAACCCUCUUCUUCCAGAUGAUAUUUUGGAAAAAUAUAGGAAAUUGUGUCCACAUUGCAAGUUUGGAUCUGAAGGAGAAUGUGUCCUGCAACCACGUGAAUACACUGACAAGGAACUAGUAAGGACUUGCGCUGGAAAGAAAAUAAUCAAACCUGCAGAAGGGUUUUUCUUGACGCUUUCCUCGCAGUUUGUGACAGAAGCUGAGAUGAAUGCUCUCUGUUCAAAGGCAACUCAUAUGCAAAUUUGUAUUACAAUAAUUGACUCAAACUUCAAGAGCUUACGUUGUCCAUACUUGAAAGAACUGAAACCUUGUCGACCAGGAGAGCCAGCAAUCAAAAUCGUGCGAAACUUCCAAUUCUCUGUCCUUGAAAUCCCAAACACCUUAGCCUUCCCGAAAGGAACUAUCAUCUUUGAAAUUGAAGAAAAUCCCCAUCUACCCUUAGAGAAAGUUAAAGAACUCUUACUAAUAUGCCCACUGUGCCACAUAACCGCAAAUCUCGCGUGCGACUUGGAAAGGAGACACUACACUGAGAAGGAACUAGUAGCAGCAUGUGCAGGAAAAACUAUAAUCAGACCAGCAGAAGGAUAUAUGCUGGUUCUUAAGUCCAAAGAAACAACAGAAGAGGAAUUUAACGCUUUGUGUUCGAAGGCUAUUUACAUGGAAAUUUGCAUAGAAAUCACCAAUUCACAGUUCAAGCGCCUACGAUGUCCAUUUUUGAGAGAACUUGUUCCAUGCCAAAAAGGUCGACCGGCUAUCAAGAUUGUCGGCAAUAUUCAAUUCGAAACUCUCGACGUUCGCGAAGACCUCAAAUACCCCGCUGGUGAACCUAUAUUCGAGAUCAGUGAAGUGCCACAUAUGGCGCUCGCUCAUAUCAAGCGUCUUCAGAGAAUGUGUAAACAUUGUAAAAUCACGGCCAAUCUAGGUUGCGGACUCAACAAAAGGACGUACACAGAUACGGAGAUGGUUGCUGCAUGUGCAGGAAAGACAAUAGUAAAGCCUGCUGAAGGAUACAUGCUGGUGAUGUCAAGCGACACCGUAUCAGAGGCUGAGAUGAACGCAGUCUGCUCAAAGGCAGUUUACAUGGAGAUUUGUAUAGUGAUACGAUCGUCUUCGUUCAAAUCUUUCAAGUGUCCUUACCUCAGAGAACUCAAAUCCUGCAAACCUGGUGUGCCAGCGAUCAGGAUCGUUGGAAAUCCUCUUCUCACUGACGUUUCGAUAUCGAAGACGCUGCUUUAUCGUGUAGGAACGUUGGAAGUGCGGGGAAACCCAAACCUCUCAGAGAGAUCAAUCAUGGAGCUCAAGAGGCUCUGUCCAGAAUGCAUUAUCAGAAGGCAACCGUGA